UACACUCACAACCAGGCUCUCCCACCCAGCCUCUCCCUCACACUCACACACACACACGUACACACAACACACACGUGCUCGCUGUCACACACGCGCAGUGCCGUCAGGAGCGCCGCCGCUGCUGGACCAUAGCCAUCUCACUGAAGGAGGUUCCAGCGGAGGGAAGAGAAAAGCCGCGGCGAGACAAAGGGAAGGAGGACGGUAGAAGGCGAGGAGCGAAUAGGAGCGCGGGGACCGGCACAAGGAAGGAGAGGACCGGCGCUUUGUGAAGAAGAGAAAAGCGAGGACCAGGAGGAGGGAGGAGGAGAGAAGGGAGGAAAAAAAAAAAAAAAGAGGAGGGGGAACAGGAAACGCGAUCACUUUCAGCUGCAGCGGUCCGUGUCGCAGCAUGGGCAAUGCACCAUCCCAAGCCAACGCUGGGGCCUGUUAUCCUAAACAAGAUCCCGAGCGUGGUGGCAGUCACAUGAUCUCCACAGAUGACCUGGAAUAUCCGCGAGAGUACCGGACGCUGGGGAACAGCGCGCGCCGCUUCUCCAACGUGGGCCUGGUGCACACGUCGGAGCACCGGCAUGGCGUCAGCGCCGCCCAGAGCCUGGAGGCGCUCACCAACCUGCACAAGGCCGACAUGGAGCGGAAACGGGACGCCUUCAUGGACCACCUGAAGAGCAAGUACCAGCAGCAGCAGCAGCAGCAGCUGCAGCACCCGCACCACAGCCCCCACCACAACCCUCCGUCCCCCUCGCCCUCUCACGCCAGCAUGAGGGGCUCCUCAGAGCGGUCGGCGCGGGAACAGCAACAGCCCAACUACUGGAGCUUUAAGAGCCGCAGCCCUCGCCAUUCCCAGUCCACCCAGUCCGGGCUCGCCGACCAGGCCGCCAAGCUCUCCUUCGCCUCGGCCGAGUCCCUGGAGACCAUGUCGGAGGCCGACAUCCCCAUCGGGUUCAACCGGAUGAACCGAUUUCGCCAGAGCCUGCCGCUGUCCCGCUCCGCCAGCCAGAAUAAGCUACGAUCUCCAGAUGAAUUUUCAGGUGUGCUGUUCCUGCAGUACGGGGACGAGACGCGCCGGGUGCACAUCACCCACGAGCUGAGCAGCCUGGACACGCUGCACGCGCUCAUCGUGCACAUGUUCCCUCAGAAGCUCACGGCGGGCAUGCUCAAGUCGCCCAACACCGCCAUCCUCAUCAAGGACGAGGCCCGCAACGUCUUCUACGAGCUGGAGGACGUCCGGGACAUCCAGGACCGCAGCAUCAUCAAGAUCUACCGCAAAGAGCCCAUCUACGCCUCGUACCCCGCCGCCGCGCACCUGGCUAACGGGGACCUGAGGAGGGAGAUGGUGUAUUCCUCUCGUGACUCCUCCCCGACACGCCGCCUCAACACCCUUCCGUCGUCCUCGGCCUCGGCGUCUGGCUCGCCGUCCCGCUCGCGCCUCUCCUACAGCGGCGGCCGCCCCCCGUCCUUCGCCGGGUCCCACGCCCAGCACGAGCAGGCGCGGCAUCCGCACCACCCGGCCGCCGGCCACGGCGCCAACGCCGGCCUGUCCCCCUCGCCGAGCGCCAUCCUGGAGCGCCGCGACGUCAAGCCGGACGAAGAGGUGUCAGCCAAAAACAUGGCCUUGAUGAAGAACGAGGGGCUGUACGCGGACCCCUACAGCCUGAUGCACGAGGGCCGCCUGAGCAUCGCCUCCACCCAGUCGCUCGCUGCCAUCGGAGACCCCUUCAGCUUCCCCGUCUCCACGGGCCUCUACCGCCGUGGCUCCGUGCGCUCCCUGAGUACCUACUCGGCCGCCGCCCUUCAGGGAGACCUGGAGGACUCCAUUUACAAACCCGGAGGCUCCCUGUACUCCGACACGUACUCCUCGGCCACUCUGGGCAUGGGUUUCCGCAUGCCGCCCUCAUCCCCUCAAAAAAUCCCCGACAUGCCGCUACGGGACCGGGACUCGUACUCCAGCUCGCCCAGGGCGUCCCCCGUCAGACAGACUUUCCGCAAGGACUCCGCCUCCUCCGUGUUUGUGGAGAGCCCCAAGUCCAGGCCCAGCUCCGGGUCUGAGCCGCUGUGUCUCACGGCUGGACCCGGGGACAGCGGCAGGUCCUCGUCUGGGUUUGGCUCUUCGUUGUCUGGGCAGGACUCAGACACAAGCAGGGAUCAUCGCCUGGAGCGAAUGGAGGCCAUGGAGAAGCAGAUAGCCAGCCUGACCGGCCUGGUCCAGAGCGUGCUGACCAGAGCGCCGGACAGUGAUAGCACAUGUGGCCUGCUGCGUCUCUGCAUGAUGGCGGGCUGCCCUCCGGACCAAGGGACGGAGUUUUCACGGCCAUUACCUUUCUCUUCCAGCGAGAAGACCGAAACCAACAGUGACGGCUCCGCCACUGGAACUGGACGGUUGAAGAAGAAAGCUCACACGCCGUCGGCGCCUCUAGCUCUGAUGCCGCCGCCGCCGUCCAACGCCGUCCACGUGAACAGCGUGGGCCGCCUGCAGAUGAAGCUCCAUCUGCACGGCCUGCAGCAAAACGCCAACGACCUGCGCAAGCAGCUCACCCAACUGCGCAAGACACAGAUGGAGAACCAGGAUUCAGUGCGAACUCUUCUCAAACGGACAGAAGCGGAGCUCAACGUGCGCGUGGCGGACGCCCUGAGGAAGCAGGAGGAUCCUCUGCAGAGACAGCGUCUCCUGGUGGAGGAGGAGAGGCUCAAGUACCUCAACGAGGAGGAGCUGAUCAUCCAGCAGCUGCACGACCUGGAGAAGUCCGUGGAAGAGAUCCAGAAGGAGUCGUCUGUCAACCACAAGCUGGUGACCGUGCAGGAGCUGGAGGAGAAGGCCACCGUUCUGAGGAAGCUGGGAGAAACGCUCACCGAGCUGAAGAAUCAGUUCCCGGGCCUGCAGAGCAAGAUGCGGGUGGUGCUCCGGGUGGAGGUGGAGGCCGUCAAGUUCCUCAAAGAGGAGCCGCACAGACUGGACGCCCUGUUGAAACGCUGCAAGAGUAUAACCGACACCCUCGCCACCAUGCGCAAACAAGCCAACGAGGGGGUGUGGAAGAAGCAGGAGGACUUCUCUAAUCCUUCGUCAAAGCACAACGAGGACUUGCGAAAGUUUUCCGACUUCGACAUGCCCACCAGCCCGCCGCUCACCAUCAACGACCUCGGGGGAGGAAACAGCCUGUCCAACUGGAGCCCCCACGCCAGCCUCGGCCGCGCGAAUCCGUCCGGCCCGCACAAGGACAAUCACCCUCCUGUUCCCCACAAGGGCAAAGCCCUGGAGGAGCUGGAGCGCCGCGCCGCCGCCGACAAGGCGCUGUCUGUGGAAGUGCGACUGGCAGCAGAGCGGGACUGGGAGGAGAAGAGGGCCAGUCUGACUCAGUACAGCGCCCAGGACAUCAACCGGCUGCUGGAGGAGACCCAGGCAGAGCUCAUGAAGGCCAUUCCAGAUCUGGAUUUCGCUGCCAAGCAGAUCAAGCCCUCCUCCAACACUCCAGCCACCCAGACCCCGCAGAGCGGGUCAGCGACGUUGGAGCACCGCGCCAGCAAGCCGCAGCACAAGCUUUCUGGGAAAGAGGGAGGAUCCAGACGAGGCUCCGAUGAGCUGACAGUACCUCGGUAUCGCACGGAGAAACCCUCCAAAUCUCCUCCACCUCCACCCCCUCGACGCAGCUUCCCCUCCUCUCCGGGGCUGACCACUCGCAGCGGGGAGCCGCUCAUCCCCGGGAAAAGUAUAAAGAAAUCUGAAUCUGAGGAGACAGAUGUUCAGAAACCUCACGUAAAACUGAGGAGAACUGUGUCCGAAAACCCCCGUCCCGCAUCCACGCCCCCGACCCUGGCCUCCGACCAGAAGGAGGACAGAGACGAGGACAAAAUCUCUACCGAAUCGGAGGAAAGGCACUUGUCUCCUGUCCCCUACAUCGUGUUGACAGAGUGCUCGCCUGGUUUCGCCUCUGAGGAUCCUGUCGAAGGUUUAGCAAACGAUGCCGAGGAGGAGAGUCCAUCCCGAAACCGCACCGGCCCCAAUGUGGUCUACAGGGCUACGGUUUCCAGAGAGAAGCAUUCAGGAAGCCCCCCUCAGCGGGAGAAGUGCGGUGCAGCUGCAGAAUGCAAACAGGAGAUCGCGCUGCUGCUGACGGAGCUGGAGAUCCGGGCGGUGUCUCCCCGUGAGACUCAGGAGCUCCUGACAACUGGAGCAGUCCUGCAUACUUUGAGCAUCUUUCCUCAGACACGGGAAGUCUCCGAGGCCCAGCUGUGUGUCCGGCCUGUCCUUGUGCUGUUCAAGGAGGCAAAUACUGUCAGGGAGGCUUACAAACUGCUGCAGUCCCUCCUGGAGAGAUCCAGACCUGUUCCCAAGGCCAGAGUUAAACCGUCCCAUCACCUGGGACAGCAGGGCGGUCUGGUGGAGGCUCUGAGGAGGGGAGCCCAGACGGGGGACAAAGUGCUGACACUGAAGACGAAGCCCGAGGUGGAGAAACAUCCAUUAAGCGAAGAGGAUGUCCGACGCAGCGCCUGCAGGAGGCUGGACAGCCUGGAGGAGACGAUCCGAGAGCUGGAGAAUACCCUGAUAGAGAUCAGUGGGAGUCCCACCACAGAGCCCCUCAGCUCUGAAGCCACCAGUGACAGUCUGACGUCAGACGCCAAGAAGCCGCCAGUGCCACCCAAACCGUCCUCCCUGAGCCCGGCGUCGACCCAGGGAGGAAAUAACUCCAGCGUUAGCAAGGCCCUCUCCUCCUCGGCUGCCUCCAAGCUGAAGCACCUGCAGCAGAACAGCACAGACAAGACUAAAAGUGUCAAGCGAGAGGACGGCCUGAAGAUCCAGGGCCAGCAGCAGCAGUGAGCGGCCUGUCCGUGUCCAGCCUCUUCAGCCUCCUCCUGCUCCCGUGACUACAGACACACACACACACACACACACACACACGCGUGCACACACACCCAUUUCGUCCCUUUACUUUGUCAGAUACCGUCACG